GGGGUAGAAAAAUCCAAACAAACGUCGCAAUAAAUAAAACGUGCACACGCGGUCGGUCCGCGGUCCUCAAAAAAGUUCUUUUUCAACCCGUAAAUCCGGAACACGAAUCCACGCGCCAUGGAAAAGUACGCCGUCCCGAACAAGCUCCCGGCGGAGGAGAUUUCCAUUCUGGCACAGCGCAAGGCGCGCAUCAAGCGGGACGCGAACCAGUGGGUGCGGAAGCCGCUUCCGGCGAACCGAAAGACCAAGUUCUGCAAGCCGGAGCUGUUUAUCGCGGACUUCCGGAAGGCGGAGCGCGACGAGAAGCGCAUUAAGAGGAACUUUUUGAAGACGGGGCUGGAGCUGCGGAACGCGGAGAUUGAGCACGGCCGGUUGGUGCUGGUGUUCCGGCACCGGGGCAAGUACAUCGCGAACAAGGAGGUGAUGCACAUUUUGACGAAGCUGGGACUGCCGUAUAAGCGGCGGGCCGUGUUUCUGAAGCUGACGGAGCAGGUGCACGCGAUGCUGAAGAUGGUGGAACCGUGGGUGAUUUGGGGCUAUCCGACGAUUGGGACGGUUCGGGAGUUGGUUUAUAAGUACGGUUUGUUCAAGCCGGAACAGGGCGAGAAGGGACCGAAGAAGGUUCCGAUCACGUCGAACAAACAGGUCGAGGACAAGUUUGGCCAUUUGGGCAUUAUCUGCGUGGAGGAUUUGCUGCACGAGCUGUUGACGGUGGGGCCGAACUUUAUCAAAGUGACCAAAAUUCUGCACACGUUCGAGCUGCGAUCGCCGGUCGAUGGCUGGAAGACGGCCCGGAAGGGCAAGCUGCGGUCGAUCGGGGGCGAGGCCGGCUUCCGGGGGGACGACAUCAACGAGUUCUUCAAGCGAUUGCUUUAAACUCGGUUUAGUUUGUAAGAUUUUUCUUUUUCUCUUUUUUUGUGCCCAAAACAAAAUCGUAAAUAAUUUUAGCUGUUAAGAAUAA